AUGAAAAAUGAGCUGCAAAAUCUUAAAGAGGAGGAGGAGGCAACACAUUUAAGCCCUCUACCAACACCGAAACCAUAUGAUAUAUUCAAAGGACUACCAGACGAACUGAUUGGUGCCAUCUUCAUACGGACUCAGCAUCCAUUAAACCUUAGUUCUUGCUCCCGUCGUCUGUAUCGCAUUUCGCGAGAUGAAAGACUACGAGCACAAUGGCUACUGCUACAUCCAACGACUCUCUUCUACCAUCACCCAAUUCCAGCAUGCAUCACCCUGAGAUCAAUCCCAUCAACACCAACCACCUUCUUCCCACUCGCCAUAAUGUCAUCUCAACAAACCCUCAAGCUCUUCAUCCAAUACUGCAACCAGUGCCAACGGCAAACGCACUUUGACCGUGUUGCCAUUGCCGUAGUGUGGAAGUUCGCAAUCGAGAAAUGCUAUGAGGAUGUCAUUAUAGCGAUUCUGAAUGGAGUCAGGACGAAAGAUGUUAUUAAUACACGAGAUUUCUUGUGCUGGUUUUUCGUAAGGCCGUAUGGUGAGCGCCCAUUCCAGCUCGCGACAAUCAAGGUCGUAAGGGACGCGUGUAACGGGGAGACAUUGAAUGCGAAUGAGAUUGAAGUUGUUAUUAGGGAUGGACAGGCUGAUGCGGCUGUGAUGUUGCUAAGGUUUAUGGGUGUUAAUGAGUGGUAUACGUUCAUUGUGGAGAGAGCCUUCCACUUGAGGAGGAUGGAUACGGUUACGUUGUUGAUGGACUUUUGGGAUGUGAAGAAGGGCGGUGAUGCUAGGAUUGAUCGGUUGAGGAUGGGGUUUGAGGCUUUAAAUACGUAG